CCGGGCAGAAGCCGCGCCGCAUCCCGCCGCCGCUGCGUGAGGGGGAAGAAGCGCCCGGAGGCAGCGCCGCUCCGCCGCGGAGGAGCCCGGGGGCCGACUCUCCCCCCCCACCCCAUCCUCUCCACCAAAACCCCCCUUCCCCAGGUCCAGCAACGCCCCCGAGGCGCGGGGCGGGAGGAGCAGCGCCGUGUGGCGGCGGAGAGGAGGAGGAAGGAGGAGGAAAGUUGGUGCGAACGGCGGCGGCGGCGGGACUGCAGAGGAGCCGCCGCCUUGCCUCAGCUCGGCCCGGCCCGGCCGCCGCGGAUGUGCCCCCGGCGGGCGGGGGAGAAGAAGAAGGAGGAGGAGGAGGAGGGAAGGGAGCCCUUGCGGAGAGGGCGACCGGCUGCGCUUCACCCCGACCGGGCACCCCCGGGAGGAUUUGUGGAUUGACUCUCUCUCCUGACCCACACCACCCCCGGCUGGAUUUUGUGGGGUUCCGGUGUUGCUGGAUUUUCUUUUUGGCUUUUUUUUGGGUUUAAUUAUUAUCAUUUUUUUUUCUCCUCUUUCCUCGGGGGAAGGAACUGCUUCGCCAGCCCCCCUCGGGUGGCCGUGUCCCCCCCCCACCACCACUGCAGUCGUGGCAGUGCCGUGGAGGCUGGGACACCCCCCCAGCACACACUUGGAGCCAAGGUGAGCGCUGGCACUGAUCCGACACAGCAUCAUCCAUCCCCUUUUCCCCUCCCGGAGGCUUGUAACCACACACAAAAAAAAAAAUUAAAAAAAAAUCAUCUAGAGAAGCAUACAAAAUAUCCAGAUAGUGGGACUGGCGUUUUGGGAUCUGUUAGUUUUCCUGCUCAUGCCACUGCCCCCUGGUUGCCUCAAUGGCAGGAUCAUGAAGUGUUUGACUUUCUUUCUUCUGCUUCCAGAGACCUUAAAGAAGUCCAAAAAGAGCGUGAGGUCAAACGGCAAGGUGCCAGGAUGCUAUGAGAUAGUGCCCCUCUCGUCCCUCAAGAAGAAGAUGGCUGCAGAACUUUACCCUGCCACCACCAACAACACCAACAUCGCCAACAGCAACAACGCCGCCGCCGCCGCCACCACCGCUGCUGCCAACAGCAAGAAGAACGCCCUGCAGCUGCAGCAGAGCGCCCAACCGCCCCCGCCGCCCCCGCUCCACAACCUCAACAACAACAACUUGGAGAGCUCCAACUGGCAGUCCUUCCACCCCACGCUCCGGGAGAGGAACGCGCUGAUGUUCAAUAACGAACUCAUGGCUGACGUUCACUUCAUCGUGGGCCCGCCGGGGGCAUCCAAGAAAGUUCCUGCCCAUAAGUAUGUUUUGGCAGUUGGUAGCUCUGUCUUCUAUGCUAUGUUUUAUGGCGAUCUCGCAGAGGUCAAAUCCGAAAUCCAUAUACCAGAUGUGGAACCUGCAGCCUUUCUAAUCCUAUUAAAAUACAUGUAUAGUGACGAAAUAGACCUGGAAGCUGACACGGUUCUGGCUACGCUGUACGCUGCCAAGAAGUACAUCGUGCCGGCCCUCGCGAAGGCUUGCGUCAAUUUUCUGGAAACCAGUUUAGAAGCAAAGAACGCCUGUGUCCUGCUGUCUCAGAGCAGGCUCUUCGAGGAGCCGGAGCUGACACAGCGCUGCUGGGAAGUGAUUGAUGCUCAAGCAGAAAUGGCACUGAAGUCGGAGGGCUUCUGCGAGAUAGAUCAACAGACCCUAGAGAUCAUCGUGACCCGGGAGGCUCUCAACACCAAGGAAGUGGUGGUUUUUGAGGCUGUUCUCAACUGGGCAGAGGCCGAAUGCAAAAGGCAAGGGCUGCCGGUGACGCCACGCAACAAGAGGAAUGUAUUAGGCAAAGCUUUGUACUUGGUGCGGAUUCCGACCAUGACUUUGGAAGAGUUUGCCAACGGAGCUGCCCAGUCCGACAUCCUCACCCUGGAGGAAACUCACAACAUCUUUCUAUGGUACACGGCCGCCAACAAACCCAAACUCGAGUUUCCGCUGACAAAAAGGAAAGGACUCGUACCUCAGCGGUGCCACCGGUUCCAGUCGUCUGCCUACCGCAGCAACCAGUGGAGGUACCGGGGGCGGUGUGACAGUAUUCAGUUUGCCGUGGACAAACGGAUAUUUAUAGCAGGACUGGGGUUGUACGGGUCCAGCUGCGGCAAAGCUGAGUACAGCGUCAAAAUCGAACUGAAGCGCUUGGGAGUCGUCCUUGCUCAAAACCUGACAAAGUUUACCUCCGACGGCUCCAGCAACACUUUCUCGGUGUGGUUUGAGCACCCUGUGCAGGUUGAGCAAGACACGUUUUACAAUGUAAGUGCCAUCCUCGACGGUAACGAACUCAGUUACUUUGGGCAAGAGGGGAUGACCGAGGUGCAGUGCGGGAAAGUGACCUUCCAGUUCCAGUGCUCCUCGGACAGUACUAAUGGCACCGGGGUACAAGGAGGACAAAUACCUGAGCUCAUUUUCUAUGCAUGAUGCAUUUUUCACCUUGAUUGUAUUCCAAUACUGCAACCAAUGCACAUUAAGGGAUUUUUUUUUUUCAGUUUUACUACAAACUCUGCAGCAGUAUGGAAUGUUACGCUACUUACCUAUCUGCUACAUCAGGCUAUACAAAUAAGUGAAGGAAUGCUCUUGAAUUUAAUCUUAUUUUAUUUAUUCAUAAGCUAUUUGACUUAAUUAUUAAGACUGCAAUGAGCAGGAAAAUGUUAAAUUUCGCACGUACUGUGCAUUUAUUUUGUAUAUAGAUAACUAACUUCCAGACUGCAGCUGACUUAAACAGAAUGUUCUAAACUAGAGCAGUUUAUGAAUCUGUGAAAUAUAAAAUGUUUUUACUUGCCCUAA